CUAGUUAAAUUGCUUAUCAAUUUUUAUAAAAUAGGAAUAUUAUGAUACUUUAAUUAAAGUUAUUGAAUGAAAUCAAGUAUUGGUCUAACUCACCUACUCAUUUAUCCUAAUAAAGUAUGGAAGCUACUGGCAAUCAAGAAAAUGUGUUUCAGACAUCUCGUGUUAUUUGUGAUUGUGUAAAUAACUUGCUUACAGAUCUCAAUUCAGUUAGCAGUCAACUAAAUGCUGCAGCAGGUGGCAUUCCACAAUCAGAAACAGUUCUUCAAUUUUUACAUCAUUGUACUGAUGCAUUUACAGAUUGCUAUGUAAUCAAACUUGACCUUGAUGCUUCUGGAAGAAACACAGUUGAAACUAAAAGACACAAGUUAGCUAAAGAUUUCACAUUUUGGGUAAUGUCUCGCUUAUUUCGAUUAAUUGCAUCACCAGAUUGCACCAAGUUGCACAAGAAAGCAAUAACUGUGAUAUUAUCUAUUUUGCAACUUGCACGUAUCACAGACGUUUCGUUUUAUCGAGAGUUAAUUAAAGAAGUUAUAGGAGUUUACAAAGAUUCUUUAUCCGUUGCAGAAGAGUAUACUUCUUCUAACAGUGGAUUAGUUGAUUCCAAAAAAAAAGUUUUUAGUGGAAGAUUUCAGAAAUCCUUGUGUGGUUCAUCAAGCACUUCAUCAAUGCCUCCAAAAUUGAUUGAAAUAUUUACUUACUCACAUUGUCAACACCUUUUAACAGCAACCAGUGAAAUCUUGUUGGAAAGCAUGUUGCAUGUUCAGCAAUAUGUUAAUGAGUCGAAAAUGUCUUUAGUAAUUUUAUGCUUCCAAACAAUUCAAUUAUGUGAUGAAUCUCUAAUAAAAAUAUCAUUAUCUUUAAUGAAUUCGAUAAUGCUAGCUUUUCCAAUAAUAUUCACCUGUUUUAUUGAAAAGUAUUUAUGCAUAUUCAUUGGAGUUGUUGAGUUCGUUGUGUCCUGUCCAAGAAUUGACUUAGAGUUUAUGGAAACAUUAAAAAGAUCUAUUGACAUGAUUAUUUUACUCAAAGAUGAUUUUUUUUCCACAAAAUUACUUAAAAAGCUUAUCAAUUUAAAUAUGUCAAGAGAAGUGCAUGACGAAGUUGAGGAGUUUCUUUUAGAAAGUUCUAAAAAAAUGGUUUUACUUUCUUCAACAGUUGCAGAGGAAGAAUACCAAAGUAUCAUUUUAUUAUGCCUAAAAAAAGUUGCAUCUCAACAUUUAAAUAAAGUUAAGAAAAAAUGUUUGGCUUCAUUAUUGCAGAAAGCUAUUCUUAUGACACAUAGUUUAUCAACUAGCAGUGAAAAACUUGAAAGCCAUUUAUUAUGUUUGUGUUUAAAUCUGGAAGAUGCAGAAGCUGAUCACGGACAACAACACUUAGAAGAAGUUACAUUUUUGUUAAAAGUAAUAGCAAAAGUUUAUUCAUGUGAAAAAAUUAAAGAUUUGCUUAAAAGAAUUAAUUUUGGAAAACUUGUUGAUAAAGUUUUUGAAAUAUUUCAUUCAUUGCUUAACCUCAAAGACAUCAAUAAAAAUAUUUUAUUUAUACGCACUUUAUCAUUUCUAAAGCUCUACUCCCACCUCAGUAUCUCUGCAACAUUUACAGAAAUAGAUCCAAAUAAGUUAAAUCGACUCUUUGAAGUUUGUACAAUACCAUGGUUGAAAACAAUUGAUCCACCCUGGUUUGAUUACAAGCCAAAGUAUUAUACAGAAAAUGAACUCAUGCAGAUGCAUGAGUUACUAAAGUUAUGCUUUGUCAAUCAUAAUGUUACAAAAAGAUGCCUUGCCAUUUUGGCAACAGUAACAAACAAAAACCAGUGUAAUGCGCCAACUUGGCUGAUCCAUGUUAUAAGAACAGCUUUAGCUAGCCCAUAUGUUAUACUACAACUAAAAGUUUUAAAUUGUCUACCAAGAAUUCUUACUUCUCUAACUGCGGCAAGUGAGACACUAGUUUCUGAAGACCUAAUAACUCUUAGUCGAGCUGCAAAGCCAGAGGUAUUAGCCAGUAUCGGCUUGACAAUAAAUUUAUUAGUUUGUGUGGUUGCAGAGAGUGUUGAUACACAUUACAAAGACGGAUCAUUUAUUGUGGAAUGCACUUUAUGUAAAACAGAGAAUUGUUGCAUUCAAUUGAAAAGCUCACCCCCCUUGCUACCGAUUUUUAAGCCAUUUUUCAAGCUUCUUAAACAUAGUACUUGUAGAGCUUUUAAAACAAGUUUAAUGCAAACAUUUUUAAAAUUGCUUAAACAUAUCAGUGAACAAGAGAGAAUUUAUAUGAAAAAUUUGUGGAAUAUAAUGUUGGAGUUGUUGAAAGAUCCAGACUUCCAAACAAGGCUGAUAUUUUCUGGCUGGUUGGGGGAAUAUAUAAAAUAUACUGAUGAUGUGUCAGUUCACUCAUUGGUGGUUGAAACAAUAUCUUCCACUCUUUCCCAAGCUUCUGAGAUUAAUGACAUAAAGGUUCUUGAAACAGUUAUUUUAACAAUUGGAAGUGUAAGCAAAGUUGCAAAAGGUGAAUUGUUACUAGUUAUGGUAGUCAGUCUGUUUGACUGUUUUGUAAUGCAGAAUCACAUGGUUGUAGCUGUUGCAUCUGACCAGCUGAGUGAGCUUUGUAAACAUCUUGAUAAAAGUUUGCACCACUUGUUUAUUGAUCACAAAAGUUAUUUCUGUGACAUCAUCGUCAGAAAAAUGCAAAACCUUUUAGAAGAUAAAAAAGAUGUACAAUGCGUAACAGAUACUAUUUUUGAUAUUGCUAAGCAUUUCGAGUUUAAUGAUGUCAAGUCUUUUUUAAUGAUUACUUCAACUGAGAUGCUUCCAAAAAUUGUUAUGAAGGCAUCACCUCAAUCUUCUGCACUCCUACGAUUGUUUGCAAAGCUUACUAAUCAGAAUAGACGUGAGAUGAUGUUCAACAAUUUUACAUACAUUUUUUCAUAUCUCAUCAGAUCUAUUGUUAAACAUGAUGAACUCGAAGUUUGCUUGCGCUUCUUACAGGAAGAAACGGAUGUGGAACUCAGCAGUUUGCUAUUAUCUGAUAAACAUAGGAUUUAUAAUCAACUCCUUCUAUAUAUUAGUGUAAACAGAGAACAAGUUGUUGAAAGCUUCUCUAUACUUGCUUCAAAUGAUCCUUCAUACAAAGGUCCUAAAGAUUUCAAGUCAGAUCAAGAUUUAGCAUUAUUUUUGCAUCCAAAACUGCUUGCCGUACUUGCAUUUUUUAACUCAGUGCUUACAAACAAUCCUAACUAUGAAAAGAAGAUUGCUCUAAAGAGUAUAAUUUGUUUAUUUAAUAUUAUGGGAGCAAAGUAUAUUACACCUGUACGCUUAAAAGUAAUGGCUAUUUUGAAGCUUGCUUUAAAGUUUAAGACAGAAUUUCCUGAAAUUUGCUGUUCUGCAUGGAGUUGUUUUAUUAAAAACAUUGACAUUGACUGUAUUGGUCCAUUACUUAGUCAUCUUAUUGCUGCAAUUUUGCCAUUAUUAGAUGAUUGUCCUAAUCAAGUUGCAGACAUCUUUAACUUUUUAAUUGUUGAAAACAGAUCUUCUCUUUCUGUAUCAUUUAAAGAUAUUUACUUUGUUCCACAACAUCCAGUUUUAGCAAACUGUGGAGAAAUACUUGCUUCCCAUCAGCUACGAGUUUCAAAUAUAAAUGACUUCAAAGCAAAAAUAAAGUAUACCUGUCUAGGUAUUGACAAUGAAAAUGAAGACGUAAGAAAUUUUGCUUUGAUGCAUUUAACGACAACUCUUCAAACCUACUCUUUGUUUUUGAACGAAUUACUUGCUAAUGUUGAAGCGAUCGAUCCUUUUGUGUUGAAUUUAAUUAACACCUUGCUUCUUGCAAGUAAACAAAAUAACCCUCAAACAUUUAAUUAUAUAGGAAAAUGUCUUGGGAUAUUAGGUGCUAUUGAUCCUGGUAGAAUAGAAAGUUUAAAUGAAAACUCAGAAGAAGCAGUUAUUUAUACAUCCAUUAGUGACAUUUCAUUUGGUUGUGAUCUAUUGAAGGAACUUUGUCGUUCCUUUCUAGCAGCAGGAAGUACAAGGGCUCAAGACUGUGCAGCCUUUGCAAUACAAGAAACUCUUCUAUAUUACGAGUGCACUGAUAAACCCUCUGAUAGACCUGGAUAUCGUCUAUGGGAAAGAUUUUCAAAAUCUAUUCAAGAGCUUCUUUAUCCACAUCUUUUUUCAAAAUAUGUUAACAGUACAAAUUACAACUUGUCUAAACAUCCCACACCUCUAUAUCAAAGCACAAAAGGAAGUUCUUAUGUUGAUUGGGUAUGUAAUUGGACUAACCGGCUAAUUUAUUCACUUGGAAAGACAAGUUGUAAAGUGUUUAUGUCUUGCAUGUCAAUUAUAAAACAUGAUUUGAAAGUAGCCCUUUUUCUCCUCCCACAUGUAGUAAUUCAAGUUGUUCUUUUAAAAAAUGGAGGUUUAGUUCGAGAUGAAUUUAUGGCUGUAUUGGCCUCUGCAAACAGUGAAAGCUCUGUAUCAGAGUUUAUAAAGGCCUGUACCAAUACAGUUUAUUCUAUUAUGGAUUAUCUAAAUCAUUGGAGUGCAAAGCAUAUUUCUAAAGAUUCAUCUCAAAAUGACAUUCAGGAAAUUAAACAGUUUAUUUAUAGUAUUCCUAAAGAUAUUCUUGCAAAAAGCUCAUUUUAUUGCAAUGCUUUGUCUCGGUCAUUAAUGUAUUAUGAACAAUACAUUGAAGUAGCAAAAAAUAGUUUGGAAAACCAUUUAGAGUUUUUACAACGUUUAUAUUUUGCACUUGAUGAACCAGAUGGUGUUACUGGUGUUGCAGAUACAAGAAAAAGGAAUACAACACUGCAAGAACAAAUAGUUGAACAUGAAAGCUCAGGAAAUCUUCGUGAUGCUGUUGCUUGCUAUGAACGAGCUAUUCAAACCGAGCCAAAUAAUGUCAAACAUCACAAAGGUCUACUUAAAUGUUUGAUUGGUUUAGGCCAAUUAUAUAAUGGUUUAAUGGAUGUUAAUGGCUUAAUAGAAAAAAGGCCAGAAUGGAAAACAGAUCUAAUUCCAUAUCAAGCAGAAAUAUCAUGGAGGCUGGGUCAGUGGGACUCAUUAGAAAAAACAUUACCUCAAGAAAAUAACAAGAACUGGAGUUUAUCAUUAAGCAAUCUACUGUUGUGUUUAAAAAAUAAUGUUUGUGACCAGUUUAAUGUAAAUAUUAUCGCAGUAAGAAAUGAACAAAUGAAUUGUCUAAGAAGUGCUAGCCUUGAAUCAGGAGGAUAUCAACGAGCUUACAAAUCUAUUGUUCGACUUCACAUGCUAGAAGAUGUUGAAAGUUGUGCAACAGUAUGUUUCAAAGAAAAAAAGUUAAGUGGUAAAGAUCUUUUAUCUUUAUGGGACAAACGUUUAUUGAAUACAGAGUCCUCGUUUCAAGCUAGGGAGCCGAUUCUUAAUAUGCGAAGAAUUUUGCUUCAACUACUUCCUGAGUUUGACCAGAAACAAACACAACAAAAUGCUGGCUGGUUGAUGUAUUCACGAAUUGCUAGGAAGGCUGGUUUAUUUCAAACAGCUUACAGUUCUCUUUUAAACGUCAGUGACAACAACAACAUUGAAAUACUUAUAGAGAAAGCAAAGUGGUAUUCUUCUCAAAAUGAUUUACACAAAGCUUUACUCAUCCUUCAUAAAAAAUCUGAUGAUGUUCUUCAGUCACAAAGUGAACUUAAAAAAAAACUUCUACAUGCAAAAAUAAAACUUCUUAAGGCAAAAUGGAUGGAAGAUACAGAAUCUUAUGAGCCAAAUGCUGUAUUGCUACAGUAUAAAGAGGCUGUAAAUGAGUUCAGUAGUUGGGAAAAGGGUCAUUUCUAUUUAGCAAAAUAUUAUGAAAAACUUAUGAAUGCCUGCGAUGAUGACCUGAAGGAUGACAGGAAGAUGAGAAAAAAUGAUUUUCUGAAGUUUGUUAUAAAACAUUAUGGUGAAUCUUUGCAUUAUGGAAAUAAGUAUAUCUAUCAGUCUAUGCCUCGGUUGCUUACACUCUGGUUAGACUUUGGAGUUGCUGCAUAUCAAGCUAUUGAAGGUGCAUCAGUAAAAUCAUCAGAAAAAGCUUACUUUAAAGAUAGAAUGCAGAAAAUUAACGAUGAAAUUUUGAAUCUUUCUAAUCAGUUGCCAGCAUAUCAGUUUCUUACUGCUUUCUCACAGUUAGUUUCAAGAAUAUGUCACCCUAAUACAUCUGUUUGGAAACUUCUUGAAGUUAUUAUCUGCAAGAUUUUUCAUGCUUAUAAGCACCAAGCUAUAUGGAGUAUGGUAGCUGUUUCAAAAUCUUCACUUUCAACAAGAGGGGAACGAUGUAAACAUGUGUUUCAUAAAGUUUGUCAGGAGAAUCCUGAAAUGACUAAAUUCAUUUCACAUGCUUUAGAUUUAACAGAUAACUUGUUAGAAAUAUGCAAUCGAAAAUGUGUUAAAGAAACAAAACUAAGCAUGAGCAAAGACUUUUCUACCCUAACUAAAUUAACAAGUGAUAAGUCAUUUAGCUCUAUUGUAGUCCCAUUACAGUCAACUUUAACAGUCAAACUUCCUUCAUCACCAGAUCCUAAACAUCAGUAUAAUCCAUUUCAUGAAUCUUUACCUAUGAUAGUUGGUUUUGAUGAUCAUAUUGAUGUUUUAUCAUCUUUGCAAAAACCUAAAAAAAUCAAAGUGAAAGCGAGCGAUGGUAAUUUUUACACUCUUAUGUGUAAACCAAAGGAUGAUUUAAGGAAAGAUGGAAGACUGAUGGAGUUUAAUUCUCUUGUCAACAAGAUGUUACUGCGUGAUCCCUUAUGUCGGAGACGCCAGUUGCACAUUCGCACAUACGCUGUUAUACCACUGAAUGAAGAGUGUGGUUUAUUAGAGUGGGUGCCCAAUACAAGCGGUCUUCGGUUUAUACUUAAUAACAUUUAUAAAGAAAAAGGGUUAACAGUAAAAGUUCAUGAAUUAAAGCAAUUAUAUGAGCCAUUGACAAAGUCAACAUGUUUAAAAACAAAAAUUGAUAUAUUCACUAAUCAAAUAUUGCCACGUUACCCACCUGUUUUUCAUGAAUGGUUUAUCUCUAACUUCACAAACCCUACAAAAUGGUACGCUGCUCGACUUGCUUAUUCUCGAACAUCAGCUGUUAUGUCUAUGGUUGGUUACACACUAGGAUUGGGUGAUCGUCACGGCGAAAAUAUUUUGUUUGAUAGCAUAUCUGGAGACUGUGUUCAUGUUGAUUUUAACUGUUUGUUCAACAAGGGUGAAUCGUUUGAUUGUCCAGAAAGAGUUCCUUUUAGAUUGACUCAUAACAUGGUAAAAGCUAUGGGGCCACUGGGUCAUGAGGGUGUGUUUCGUAAAUCUUGUGAAGUAACCAUGAAAGUGAUGCGUGCGCAAAAGGAUUCUCUUCUCAGUGUUUUAAAUACAUUUUUGUAUGAUCCUUUAUUGGAGUGGAAAAAAGAAACACGAAAUAAAGAAGUAGAAGUAAAUAAUGAAAUGGCUUUAAAAAUAUUAAAAAAGAUUGAGCAGCGAUUAUCUGGUUACAUAACGAGCAACAUGAUUCAUUUACCUCUCUCUAUUGAAGGUCAAGUGCAUCAUCUAAUAAAGGAAUCCACAAGUAUUGAAAACCUUUCACAAAUGUACAUUGGUUGGGCCGCGUAUAUGUGACGAACUGAAUAUUCUUCACAAAUUUAUAUUGCUCGUGCUAUAUACAUGUGAUCAGCUAGAAAUGCGGCCUACCGCUUUUUUCUAAUUGUGUGUAGUAGGCUGAGUAUUCUUCACAAAUGUAAAUUGUUUGAAUAAUUGUGAUUAGUUGGAAAUACAGUCUACUUAACCACAUUUAACCAACUUAAAACUUAAUGGUGUUCAAAGUUACAUUAAUGCUUAUUGUAUUGUACAUCUGCUCUGACAUUUUACAAAUGUUAAUUACUUUAUACAUAUGAAACCUUUUAUACUCUCUUUGU